AUGAGCUCCAUAACACUAUUUCAGCCUGAAUUGAACUAUCAAGUCGACAGUUUUAUAACCAAACUCAAACGACGACAGAUAGUUGGUUCAAGUGCUGUUGCAAUUGAAACAGCACAACUUUUGAUAAGGGUUGUUUCUGCUUCCAAAUGGAAGAAUCCAGAUCAUCUCAUAAAGCAAAUAAGGCGAUUGGGUGUGUUUUUAACAGAAUCCCAGCCAAAAGAAUUUACUUGCGGAAAUAUUGUUAGAAGAGUGUUAUCGUUAAUUCGAGAUGAAAUCGACGACACACAAGUUGGUACUAAACUGAACCAGCCUAUUUUCACAUCCAUGUUCAACUUAUUAAUUCCAACAGACGAACAAUUGGAUAAAAUAAAUAAGCAAAAUGACGGUUAUAUUGAACUGAAAUCCAAACUUGACAAACCAGAUAGACAGUUUAUAAAUUCAUUUAGAUCCACCAUCAUUCAGGAUAUUAAAGAAUUAAUUGAUGAGAUUAAUCAUGUUGAUGAGGGUUUAGAACACAAAGUCAUAGAAUUGAUACAUGAUGAUGAGGUCUUGCUAACUCCCACACCAACCUCUCAAACUGUAUUGAAUUUCCUUAAGAAAGCAAGGCAAAAGAGAAGAUUUACAGUUGUUGUAACUGAAAGCUUCCCAAACCACACAUUAACUGCGCAUAAAUUUGCAAAGGAGCUUGCUGAUUCUAACAUUGAAACAAUAGUGAUUCCUGAUAGUUCUGUUUACGCCUUGAUGUCUAGAGUAGGAAAGGUUAUCAUUGGAGCUAAAACUGUUUUCAAAAAUGGUGGUUGCAUUACUAGUCCAGGUGUCUCUGCUGUUUGUGAAAUUGCUAAAGAGUUAAGAACACCGGUAUUUAGUGUCACAGCUAUAUAUAAAUUAACACCUCAAUAUUCUUUUGAUACUGAAAGUUUGGUGGAAUUUGGAAAUCCGGGUUAUGUAAUACCAUUUCAAGAAUCUGACAUGAUUCAAAAUUCAGAUAUAAGCAAUCCAAUUAUUGACUACGUUCCUCCUGAAAAUAUAAGCAUUUACAUUACCAAUUUGGGAGGAUUCGCACCCAACUUUGUUUAUCAUAUGGUGCAAGAUAAUUACAAAAACGUUGAUUUUGAUUUGAAUUAG